UCACUUAUCUCCGCCUCUUCGACUUUACGCGAAAACUGCCAGGGCAUGGGGAGGUAGCGAAAAAUAAGAUUUUUGGAUUUACUGUUGUUGCCAAAUAGUAGCUUGGUAGCUAGCUAACUUUGGAUACUCAUUUUGCGCAUAAGAAUAUUGAUUAGUUUUGUUUUAUAAUGGAUAGCUCAUUCACACCUUUACGCUGUCUAAGUGAUCAACAUGCCUUAGAAUUAUUUAAGGACGACAAUGUGGAAACUGUGACUUCAGUAGAACAGAAAAAAGUGGAACGCAGUGUCCAAGAGGUUUUCAGUGUAUACCAACAAAAUCACACAUUAUCACAACCUACGUUACUGAGAGAUCAGCAUUACGCAUAUCUGAAGAAAGGGUUGCGGCACCUUUCGGACGCCUAUGAGUGCCUGGACGCCAGCAGGCCCUGGCUCUGCUACUGGAUCCUGCACAGCCUGGAGCUGCUGGAGGAGCCCGUCCCCGCCUCCAUCUGCUCGGACGUCUGCGGAUUCUUGGCCCGCUGUCAGUCCCCGACGGGAGGCUUCGCCGGAGGCCCCGGCCAGCACGCACACCUGGCGCCCACGUACGCCGCCGUCAACGCCCUCUGCAUCAUCGGCACGCAGGAGGCCUACGACGUCAUCAACAGACAGACGCUCCUGGACUUCCUGUACUCGGUGAAGCAGCCCGACGGCUCCUUCGUGAUGCACGUGGGCGGGGAGGUGGACGUCAGGAGCGCCUACUGCGCCGCGUCGGUCGCCUCGCUGACGAACAUCAUCAACCCCACGCUGUUCGAGGGCACGCCCAGCUGGAUCCUCAGGUGUCAGAACUGGGAGGGCGGUCUGGGCGGGGUGCCGGGCCUGGAGGCCCACGGGGGGUACACCUUCUGCGGCAUGGCAGCCAUGAUGAUCUUAAACAAGGUGCACAUGCUGGACCUCAAAUCUCUAUUGCGCUGGGUGACCAGCAGGCAGAUGCGCUUCGAGGGAGGCUUUCAGGGCCGCUGUAACAAGCUGGUGGACGGCUGCUACUCCUUCUGGCAGGCGGGCCUGCUCCCCCUGCUGCACCGAGCCCUCUUCAAAGAAGGGGAGUCGACGCUCAGCAUGAGAAACUGGAUGUUUGAUCAGCAGGCCCUGCAAGAGUACAUCCUGAUCUGCUGCCAAAACCCCGCCGGAGGUCUCCUGGACAAGCCCGGCAAGUCAAGGGACUUUUAUCACACCUGUUACUGCCUGAGUGGGCUCUCCAUCGCUCAACACUUCGGAAGCAAGGACUUCCACCACGAGCACAUCGUGGGCAAAGAGGAGAAUAGACUGGCACCAACUCACCCAAUCUACAACAUUUGCCCUGAAAAAAUUGCUCAAGCAAUCGAGCAUUUCCAUCAGCUGCCAGUCCCAGUGCACAGAGAGGAAGCCGCUAGCGCUCCAGAACUGCCAUAGAUUCCAGAGGAAAAGAGCUCCCCCUUGACCUGUAUAUAUAUAUUUUACACAGCAGAGUACCGCCCUCUAGAGGUGUGGAGGGAGAGACUUGUAUCUGUAACAAUGCUGGAUCCCCUCUGCAGCUCCAGCUGGAUUUCUGAAGCAGCUGUAGUGACCGCCCCCUUUUCUCUCUUGUCAAAUCAGCUGCUGAAUGCCCCUCUUCUGACAGAUUAGCCUCUGAAAGAACGGCUUGUGUUGCACUCCAUUUUUAGGAAACAUCAAGAAAUAAAUGAAAAACAUUUGAAA